AUUGACAUUUCUUUUACUCGUGUGUGGUGUGCUCCAUCGGCGAACGUGUGUUUUUUAAAAAUUGAUAAAAUAUUAAUUACCGGCUUUCUUAAUUACGUGCAACAAUGAAAGUUGUUUGUAAUAAAUCAAACCCACCAUUAGGGGGUUUACUGGCGGUGGAGCUGUUCAGGUGUUCUGGACAAACCAUAGAAGUAGUUUGGGGCAAUGACUCUACGGUAACCCUUCCCAAAGCUAAGCCAAUGCCAUACGGGACAAGCAACGAUUUGAUAAGAAUACUCGUAAAUGCUUAUGUCAAGAAAGCUGAUGGUCUUCAGGCGGUGACAAUGAACCAUUGGCUAACGUUUAGCCUCACUUUGGAGGAUGAGAUCCCUAAGUCUAUUGAGUACUUGGACAAAACCCUAGGUCCUUUGACUUAUCUGGUGGGAGAGUCACUGACUGUCUCUGACUUGGCAGUGUUUGCAGCUUUACAUGUUUCUGGCCGAUUCAAAGAGGUUUCAAAAACAAAUCAAUACAGCAAUGUAGGCCGCUGGCUAAAGCUGAUUGGGGCCCAGGCUCCAGUCCUGAAAGCCUUGAAAGAACUGCCUUCUGAAGCACUGGAGAGUCUGAACAAAUCUUCAUCUAGGAGGUCACCACCAGCAAACAAGGAAGCAAGUUCUGGCAGACAACAGGAAGGCAAGUUUGUUGAACUGCCUCAUGCAGAGAUGGGGAAAGUUGUUGUACGAUUCCCACCUGAAGCUUCUGGGUACCUUCACAUUGGACAUGCCAAAGCCGCGUUGCUAAACCAAUAUUAUCAGCAGGCAUUCCAAGGGAAACUAGUCAUGAGGUUUGAUGAUACUAAUCCAGCCAAAGAAAAUGCUGACUUUGAGAAGGUGAUCUUAGAAGACGUAGAAAUGUUGGAGAUCAAGCCAGACCUGUUCACGCACACCUCCCAGUACUUCGACCUGAUGCUUGAAUACUGUGAGAAGCUCAUCAAGGAGGGCAAGGCGUUCGUAGACGACACACCAGCAGAGCAAAUGAAGUCGGAGAGGGAACAGAAGAUUGAUAGCAGGAAUAAGAAUAACUCGGUGGAAAAGAACCUCCAGCUAUGGGAGGAGAUGAAGAAAGCGAGCGCAGUGGGCGUGCAGUGCUGUGUUCGCGCCAAGAUCGACAUGCAGUCCACCAACGGCUGCCUGCGGGACCCCACCAUCUACCGCUGCAAGCCGGAACCGCAUCCCAGGACUGGCACGCAGUACAAAGUGUACCCCACAUACGAUUUUGCGUGCCCAAUCGUAGACGCUAUCGAGGGAGUGACGCACGUGCUUCGGACCAUGGAGUACCACGACCGAGACCCGCAGUUCUACUGGUUCAUCGACGCGCUGGGACUGAGAAAACCAUACAUCUGGGAGUACAGCAGAUUAAGUAUGACAAACACAGUAUUGUCAAAGAGGAAGUUGACCUGGUUUGUAGAGCAAGGCCUCGUAGAUGGAUGGGAUGACCCGCGGAUGCCAACGGUCCGGGGAGUAUUACGUCGCGGCAUGACGGUGGAAGGCCUGAGGCAGUUCAUCCAGGCGCAGGGCUCCAGCCGCUCCGUGGUCUUCAUGGAGUGGGACAAGAUAUGGGCCAUCAACAAGAAGGUCAUAGACCCAAUAGCGCCGCGCUACACAGCGUUAGAAACAAGCACCGUGCCAGUGAACCUCAAGGGCGUUUCUUCAGACUCCAGCCUAACGGUGCCUCUUCAUCCCAAGAACCCAGACGUGGGUAACAAGACAGUGUGGGUCUCACCAAGGUUGCUGAUCGACCAGGCCGAUGCUAAGAGUCUGAAGGAAGGAGAGAACGCCACGUUCAUUAACUACGGGAAUGUUAUGAUUGAUAAGAUUCACAAAGCACCAGACGGCACAGUCACAAGUAUAGACGCAACAUCAAACCUGGACAACAAAGACUUCAAGAAGACCCUGAAACUGACCUGGCUGGCUGACAGUAAGCAGUCGCCUAUGGUCGAAACUUACUGCGUGUACUUUGACCAUAUAAUAUCUAAGCCACUUCUGGGAAAAGACGAGGACUUCAAACAGUUUAUUGGGCACAAGACUAGGUGGGAAGUCCCAAUGCUGGGCGAGCCGUCCCUAGCCCACGUGAAAGUCGGCGACAUCAUCCAGCUCCAACGCCGAGGGUUCUUCAGAGUGGACGCUGCGCCGGCGCCGGUUUCACCGCACACGGCGCGAGCGGCGCCGCUGGUACUAUUCCACGUGCCAGACGGACAUACCAAGGAGAUGCCCGGCCAGCCAAAACCAGUUCCCAGCACGCCCGCCAAGCAGCCGCUAGCGACGUCGGCGGUCGGACAGCUGAACGACCAGAUCGUCAAGCAGGGUGACCUGGUGAGGUCCCUGAAGGCUGCCAAGGCUGACAAGGCCAAGGUCGAUGAGGCUGUCAAAGCCUUGCUGGAAUUGAAAGCCAAGUACAAGGCUGCGACUGGACAGGACUGGAAGCCAGGUGCGUCUCCUGCCCAGCCAGCCCUGCAGCCAGCUAAAGGCCCCGCUGACGACGUGUCUUCUCAGAUCGCCGCGCAGGGCGAGAAAGUGAGGAAGCUCAAGGCUGAGAAAGCUGACAAGGCCACUAUUGAUGCUGAGGUGAAAACCUUACUGGCGCUGAAAGCUCAGUACAAGUCAGCUACUGGAACCGAUUGGACGCCAAACGCGGCGCCCGCCAACAAACCAAAACCACAGGAAACAAAGUCAGCGUCUCCACCCGCAAUGAACGGCGCCCCAGAAGGAAAGGCGGCGGAACUUGCGGCCGCUGUCACCAAGCAGGGCGACCUAGUCCGGGACCUCAAGGCCAAGAAAGCUGAUAAGGCCUCAAUAGACGCCGAGGUGAAGAAACUGCUAGAUCUCAAGGCGCAGUACCAAGCGGAAACUGGAACCCCAUACGCGGCGCCCACGCAGCCACGUGAAGCUAAGCCCAAGGACAAGAAGCCUAAAGAAGCCAAGCCGAAGGAAGCCAAGAAGGAGGCCAAGCCCAAAGAACAGUCGCCAAAGCCCGCCAAAGAGGAAUCGUCGACUGGUGUGAAGAAAAUCACCAGGCUAGGACUGGAAGCGAGUAAAGACACAGACCUGCCGGAAUGGUAUUCGCAAGUCAUCACAAAAUCGGAGAUGAUCGACUACUACGACAUCUCCGGCUGCUACAUCCUGCGGCCGUGGUCGUACAGCAUAUGGGACACCAUCAGGAACUUCUUGACGGGACACUUCAAGAAGUUAGGCGUUAAGGACGGAUACUUCCCCAUAUUUGUGUCAAAGGCAGCUCUGGAGCGCGAAAAGACCCACAUAGCAGACUUCGCGCCAGAGGUCGCUUGGGUGACGCACUCGGGCUCGUCGGAGCUGGCCGAGCACAUCGCCAUCCGGCCCACGUCCGAGACCGUCAUGUACCCCGCCUACGCCAAGUGGAUCCAGAGCCACCGCGACCUGCCCUACAAGCUCAACCAGUGGAAUAAUGUAGUGAGAUGGGAGUUCAAACAGCCACAGCCUUUCCUAAGAACACGCGAGUUCCUGUGGCAGGAGGGCCACACCGCCUUCCGGCUGCAGUCCGAGGCCGCCGAGGAGGUCCUACAGAUACUCGAUCUUUACGCGCGGGUGUACGAAGAGCUGCUAGCCAUCCCGGUGAUCAAGGGCCGCAAGACUGAGAAGGAGAAAUUCGCUGGAGGAGACUACACCACCACCGUAGAGGCUUAUAUUCCAGCCAGCGGGAGAGCUAUCCAGGGAGCCACAAGUCACCACCUCGGCCAGAACUUCUCGAAGAUGUUCGAGGUGGUCUACGACGACCCCGACACGCACGAGAAAGCAUACGUCUACCAGAACUCUUGGGGAAUCACCACCAGAACUAUUGGUGUAAUGGUCUUAGUCCACGGCGAUGACCGCGGACUAGUGCUGCCCCCACGCGUGGCCGAUGUGCAAGUCAUAGUCGUCCCCUGCGGAGUGACCGCUUCUAGCACGCCGGAACAACGAGCCAGCUUGCUCGCCUCGUGCAAGCAGCUGGUGGACCAAUACUGCGCGGGUGGAAUCAGAGCUGAAGCAGACACUAGGGAUAACUACUCGCCUGGGUGGAAGUUCAACCACUGGGAGCUCAAGGGCGUUCCGAUCCGCGUAGAGUUAGGCCCCAAGGACAUAGAGCGCGGUGAAGUGGUGGCAGUGAGACGGCUCACGGGCGAGAAACUCACGCUGAAACGCGACCAGUCCACAGCUGAACUGGUGGCCUUGCUCGAGAAAACUCAUGAAGAUAUGUUGGCGAAGGCGACAAAGGACCGCGACGCCCGCUUGUCCCUGGUGACGAAAUGGGACGACUUCACGGCGGCGCUGGAGCGCAAACACAUUCUGCUUGCGCCGUUCUGCGGAGAGAUGCCCUGCGAGGAUAGCAUCAAGAAUGACAGCGCGCGAACUGAAGAUGACCCAACCACUGAAGUGAAAGGCCCGGCCAUGGGAGCCAAGUCUCUGUGCAUCCCAUUCCAGCAGCCUCGUGAGCUCUCCACGACAGAUGUGUGCAUCCACCCAGCUUGCAAGAGCAAACCUAAGUACAUCACCCUCUUCGGAAGAAGCUACUAAAUAAUACUUAAAUAAAUUAAAAGCUAUAAGCAAAUUUUUUUAUGAAUAAAAUAUUUAUUGUUUCAUAA